AGCCUGUUACAUAUCCAAACAUGCAAAACUUCAGGAUUGACAACAUAUACAAGCAACAAGUUCAUGGGUUUGAAUGAUCAUUCUGUGCAUGAGAACAACAUUGUUCUGGGACUUGUACAUCUCAAUGUGGAAAGCACUGACAAACCGCUACACGUGGUAACAUCUUGGUCAAUGGUGGAAAAUAUAGCAAUGGAUAAAGGAUACUCUACUAAAGAGAAUGCUAUGGAGUGGAUGAUGCAAAACUCAGACAACUUGGAUUCAGACAGUGAAUUGGAGCAAUUGGGGAUUGCCAUGUUAGGGGCUGGUCCUUUAAAUAAAGCUUACCAACAGCUUUGUAGAUCCCCAGGCUUAGAAUCAAAUCUACUAAAAUGCAAUGUGAUUCUACAGGAUUUCAAACUAGAUGGUGAAACAAAACCAAAACAAGAUUUAAGAUCAACUGAUGAUGAUAAAGACUACAAAACCAAAAUGGAGUUUGCACUGAAACUUGGAUAUUCAGAAGAGCAGGUACAGCUUGUCCUGAAUAAAUUAGGAACAGACGCUCUUCCUAAUGAUAUCCUAGGUGAACUUGUUAAACUGGGGAAUAAACUUGAUUCUGAUACUUCCUGUGGCACAAGUAACCCUGCAAUUUUGACUCCACGUGAUACAAUUUCAACAGAUUCUCAAAGAUCUGACUCUCCUGUGGAAGAAUUGGUGGAUGAUGGUGAUAAUCUAAAGCCUGUGGUAAUUGAUGGUAGUAAUGUGGCAAUGAGUCAUGGUAACAAGGAAGUGUUUUCUUGUCGAGGCAUAAAGUUAGCAGUGGACUGGUUUUUGGAAAGGAGCCAUAAGGAUAUCACUGUGUUUGUGCCUGCCUGGAGGAAGGAACAGUCAAGGCCUGAUGCCCUCAUCACAGAUCAAGAAAUCCUGCGCAAGUUGGAAAAGGAUAAAAUUCUAGUCUUCACACCAUCCCGGCGGGUACAAGGGCGAAGAGUGGUUUGCUAUGAUGAUCGCUUCAUAGUGAAAUUGGCUUAUGAAUCCGAUGGCAUCAUUGUGUCAAAUGAUAACUACAGGGAUUUGCAAAAUGAAAAGCCAGAAUGGAAAAAAUUCAUAGAUGAAAGAUUGCUUAUGUAUUCUUUUGUUAAUGACAAAUUCAUGCCACCUGAUGACCCUUUGGGUCGCCACGGACCCAGCUUGGAUAACUUUCUGAGGAAGCGGCCGGUUGUACCAGAACAUAAGAAGCAGCCAUGUCCAUAUGGAAAAAAGUGCACUUAUGGCCACAAAUGUAAAUACUACCACCCAGAACGAGGUACACAGCCUCAACGUUCUGUGGCUGAUGAACUUCGUGCUAGUGCAAAGAACUCAAUAAUGAAAACCACUAAUGAAGGAGGUUUGGUGAAGAGCAACAGUGUUCCAACUAGUACCAAGACUGAGGGUAUGUUUGAUGGCAAAUGUACAGCUCCCAAAAGACAGUCUGACCCAAGUAUACAAACCCCUCUUUAUAACGAGGUUGAAGAAAAACUCAGCAAUAAAACCAGAUUGGAAACCAGGUCUGUGCCUUCUCUUGUUAGUGCAUCAAAUCCGUCAGCCGCAAAGGUCCAAGGUUGUGCAGUAUCAGGUUCUGGAAUGCACCUUUUGACGCAAGAUCCAGGGGUGCCAGCACAGUACUCGACAAUUCUGGUGAACAAUAGCCAUGGAACACACACUUCCUAUAAUCAGCAUCCAAAAUGUGACUCUCCUGUUGAUGGAGGAUAUUAUUCUAUGAUGAAUCCAUAUCAUAAUCUUGGUGUAUCUGGUACACACAGCCCUGAUCAAUUUUCUGUAGAUAAAGAAUACAGACUAAACCACGUAGGUUCUGACUGUAGUAGUGAAGGUAGUAUCAGCUGUGGUAGCAGCGAUUCGUACGUUGGCUAUAAUGAACGAGCCUACCCAAGUUCUCCAGUUACAGUGCUUGAAGAAAAUCUUAAAUGUCACCAAUAUCAUAAUCGACAUCAGCCCUUUCUUCAUAGUUAUCAUGAUCCUGUAACAAGAGUACAAAGUUAUGGACAAGAAGAGCAAAAACCACUGCACAAAACUUCAGCUUCUUGUAUGGCACCACAUUUCCAACACCCAGUAAUUGGAGCCCGCUCGAGUUGUCCAAGUGAAUACUGUCCUGUACCCCUCAGUGGCCAGCAUCCACAAAACAUGCACAUGGGAAGAGCUCUAGGAACUACAAGAAUUGAAAGUUUUUCAGAUUCACGUUUGUAUGAAAACCUGCCAGUGAGACAAAGAAAACCUUACAUGGGUCAGGAA